UGAAUACAGAUACAGACGAACUAAAUGUGCAACACCAAUUACCCGCAGUCUUUUGUCUUUCACUUCUCUCUUCUGCGCUCAAUCUCUAUUUAAUUCAAUCUCAACUCCGCUAUGUUUCGUGCUUUCGUUGAUGGCGUGAAGGAUCGGAUAUAAGGAGCGAAUUAGCUUCUGUGAAUUUGCUCCUUUCUUCCUUUCUUUCACGCCCUUCUUUCACGCUAUUUCAAAAAAAAAAUUAGCCAAGUUUAUCAGUGUGUUUUUAGGUCAUCUUUAUCACUUCCAGUCAGGAUUCGCUAAGUAAAGCUCCGAGAAUAUUGGGUUGCUGUUCACUAUUAGUUCCAGUUGCUAGCCGCCAUAAGAAAAGAAGAGAAAAAAGGUUUCGUGGAAUUGAUAGUAGGCUGUGUAAUAUCCUUUCAACUGUGCGGAAAUCUGCUGCUGAAUAAUCUUGUUGCAGCCCAGUUUCUUUGUAGCAACCCACAUGAUAUUUUUUGCUGAUUGGGAUAGGGUGAUUUACGUCUGUUUUCUUUAAGCUAUCAAGUGUACAUAGUUUAGUCGUGGAGCACUUAUUUCUACUAAAGUAGAGGUAUUUAGUAUGAGUGGAUCUUGUUUGCAUUAAUUGGUGGUCGAAAUCUCUAUUCACAGUUUGGUUUCAUUGGGUAGAAGUCUCCUCUAUAAUUUGAAUAUCUAUAAAGGAUUAUCCUCUUUGGGCAAAUCUCCUUUGGCAGCACACAUUUGGAAAACAUUUCUUUAAGUUGGGAAAUUCUAGUUUGGUUGUAACUACUAAGGGAAUAUUUCUUUGGUUGACCGAGCUUGUUUGAAAGUUCGUCCACCUGUUAAUAACUUGACGAAGUUCUGGUCAAAUCUCGUUCAAGUAUUUUCUUGAAAAAAUUCACUCCGGUAGUUGGGCAAAUCUCCUUUGGCAGUCACUUUUCGUUCGGAGCUUCACUCUGAUAUCUGGUUAACUUUUUUGGCAGUUUAUCUAGACGUGGAAUUCCACUCUUGAUAUCUGGGCAAAUCUCCUUUGGCAAUUAGUUAUAGUGGACCGACCGCUCGCAAAACUCUGUUUGCGAUCAGUUAUGUGGACACAUAACUCCGGGAACAUCUCUAAACAGUAGUUCCUGUUGACACUCACCCUUUGUUGGGCAAAUCUCCUUUGGCAAUUAUAUUAGUAUUAUAUUUUAUAUAGUGUUCCGGUUCCGGAUUUUAUUCUCAGGUUACUGAUUGGCAUUUCUCCUUUGGCAUUGAAUUACUGUUGGGUAAUCAAAACUUUGUUCUGGAGAUAGUGACCUGGUCUCUGUGUAACACAGUUAGGCGUUUGAGGUUACGUUCUUUAUCAAACAAGUAAAUUCAGGAACUGUUAUUCUUUCGGGUUUCUUGUUGUGUUUCUAUAUCAAGAAAAUAUCAGGAGUAGCGUACAGGUGUUGGAUAUCUCAUAUACUUCAUUGAAGAAUAUAUAUACGGCAUCAAGAUAAUGGAGAUGUUCCUGAGUGACUCAGAUUGUGAAAAUUUCAGUGAAAUCAGUAGCAGUGAGGAUCUGGAUGACAUUGAUUCCAUGUAUGGUGGCCAGGCACAGAGCAUCUUAUCCAACUUGGAAAGAAGCAUAGGGAAGAUCGAUGAUUUCCUUUCUUUCGAGAGAGGGUUCUUACAUGGGGACAUUGUGUGUCAUUUGUCAGAUCCAUCCGGACAGUUGGGCAGAGUGGUUGAUGUGGAUAUGACUGUGGACUUAGAAACAGUUUAUGGAAAAGUUAUGAAAGAAGUACACUGUAAGAACCUUCGAAAAAUCCGUUCAAUGGUUACAGGGGAUUAUGUUGUUCAUGGACCAUGGCUUGGGAGGGUGAUGAGGGUUGUUGACCGUGUCACCAUUUUGUUUGAUGAUGGAGCAAAGUGCGAGGUGAUUGCAGACAAUUCGGAAAAUCUUCUCAUUCCACUUUCUCCAACCAUAAUGGAAGAUUCUCAGUUCCCUUAUUAUCCAGGUCAGCGUGUACAAGUUAGGGCUUCAAACGUUUCCAAAUCAGCAAAAUGGUUGUCUGGUUCCUGGAAGGGAAAUCGAGAUAAAGGUACUGUGUGCCACGUUGAAGCAGGGUUAGUUUAUGUCGACUGGGUUGCUUCUGCUGUUCUUGGAAGCCCAUUGAGUAUGUCCACUCCCUCUCGUACACAGGACUCACAAGCCUUAACUUUAUUAUCAUGUUUUCCGCAUGCCAAUUGGCAGCUUGGUGAUUGGUGCAUAAUUCAAGAAAAUGAUUGGAAAACUGCUGAUGGUAAGCUUGUUGAGAGGAGCAGAUACGUAGGUAGCUCACCACCAAAAAAUCCUAAUGCCUCAAAAGAGGUAUUUGUCAUUGUGAAGACGAACACUAAAGUUGAUGUCAUGUGGCAGGAUGGGACACAUUCAGUUGGCUUAGAUUCAGAAUCUAUACUCUCCGUAAACAAUGUUGGUGAUCAAGAAUUUUGGCCGGAUCAAUUUGUACUGCAGAAGACAAUAUCUGAUGAUCAACACGUUUCUAAUGGCCAAAAGUUGGGAAUUGUGAAAAGCAUGGAUGCGAAGGAACGCACUGUGAAGUUGCAAUGGGAAAAGCAAGUGUUGAAUCAAAAGGAUGAUUCAGAUGGUAAAUACAAUGAGGAGAUUGUAAGUGCGUAUGAAUUGAUUGAAUACCCAGAUUAUUCCUACUGUCUCGGUGAUAUAGUCUUUAGGGUUCAGAAGAGCAUAUCUGCAGUUGAAGCUGAGAUAGGAUCAGGUUCCGUCAAACAAAUGGGAGAGGGCAUUCAUUUAAGCAAGCAUAUCGCUGAAGAUCCUAAUCAAGGCUUUCUAUGUUGUAUUGGAAAUGUUAUUGGCUUUAAAGAUGGAGGCAUCUUGGUCAAAUGGGCUAGUGGUUUCACAUCAAAGGUUGAGCCGAACGUAAUUAUUGGCGUUGAUAAGUAUGUUGAUUCAACUUCAACUCCAGUUUUCCAGAAUGAAGUUCAGGAUAAUUUCACUCAGGAUAUGCUUAAAAAUGAUGAACACACUUGGCACCAAAAAGAAGACCCUCCUAAUAAUGCUGGGGAAGCUGACAUGAAUGCUUUACAGAAAUCGAGCUUAGUUCCCCUACCUCAGGCAGCUCUCGGGUUUUUCACAAAUGUUGCUGCAAGUAUAUUUGACUUCUUUGGUUCCAGUUCAUUUCCAGGCUCAAUAGAAACCAGUUGUUUUGGUUCUUUAAGCGAAAAUUGCGAGCAUUAUUUAAAUAGAUCACGUGCCGUUGAUCUACAUGAACUUGAAUCAGUCCACGAGAAUGAAGUGAUUGAAUGUGGAAACCUUGUCCGAGAAGGACCUAUGUCAUGGGAGUUGGAGGAUACCCUAGAGACAAGUGUUCCUGAAGAAACUGAAGAGACAACAAAAUUGUUGUUUUCUCCCAGCUGUCAGAAAUCAGGACAAUAUAAGCAAUUUGAAAUGGUUGAUGACUGCACCGAUCAUCAUUUUCUUCAUGGUUCUGGCAAGGUUCAUACAUCGCCACCGGUAAACCGAGGUUGGUUGAAGAAAGUACAAAAGGAAUGGAGCAUUCUUGAGAAAGGUCUUCCAGAUACAAUCUAUGUUCGUGUUUAUGAGGGAAGGAUUGAUUUACUUAGAGCAGCCAUUGUCGGUGCACCUGGAACCCCAUAUCAUGAUGGUCUCUUCUUCUUUGAUUUUUACCUUCCUCCGGAUUAUCCUAAUGAACCACCUUUGGUGUAUUACAACUCCGGGGGGCUUCGUGUCAACCCAAACCUGUAUGAGUCAGGAAAGGUUUGUCUCAGUCUCUUAAAGACAUGGACUGGCACAGGCAGUGAAGUAUGGAACCCGGGAAGCUCCACCGUUCUUCAAGUUCUACUAUCUCUGCAGGCACUUGUGCUGAAUGAAAGGCCAUAUUUUAAUGAAGCAGGAUACGAUUCACAGAUUGGUAUGACUGAUGGAGAGAAGAACUCCAUUACUUAUAACGAGAACGUUUUUCUUCUUUCUUGCAAGUCCAUGCUAUACAUACUCCGAAAUCCACCCAAGCAUUUUGAAGCAUUUGUGGAUGAACACUUCCGCCGUUGCUCCCAUUCGAUUCUCCAGGCUUGCAAGGAAUACAUGUGCGGAACUCCAGUUGGUUGUGCAUUUGGCCACGGAAGGAGAUUCGAUCAAGAAGAAACUCAGAGGUGCAGUUCAAUGGGUUUCAAGAUUAUGCUUGCCAAAUUAUUCCCCAAGCUUGUGUCAGGCUUUGUCGACAAGGGAAUCAAUUGCAGUCAUUUUCUCGAGCCUGAGAAAUGAAUAGCAACAACAUACAAGUAAGUUACCAAACACUACAGCAUACAGUAUGGUACCGCAUAUCCAAAGAACUUAAACAUAUUCUGUAAAAAGUAUUAAUAUGUAAUAUAAUUUGUAUGAUUUUCACCAGAGGUUGGUUUUCCUGGUUUUUGAUCUAUUUUCAACUAUUAUCCCAAAAUGACUAUUAGAUUUAUGUGUUUAUUCUGUUUGGAUUUGUAAAAUAAUUAUGCUUGCUUGAGAUAAUCACAUACUGCUUUGAUUGUUAAGGAGCACUGUUUCCUUUGUGAAAUACAGGUUGUGUACCUGUCUUGUAUAAUAACACUAUUAUUGUCUAUAAAUAAAGUUUGGUUUGUUAUUCAUA